UGGCAACACCGCACCAAAUGAAAAUGUCAACAAACGAAAAAAUAAACACGUAGACAUAUCUCGCUAUUUUCCUCUAAAAUAAUCGAGUUUUCUCCACUAAUUUCCCAAUCAGACUAUUAAACCAAGCAGAAAAAUGACCGAGGUGGCGGUAGAAGUGACGGGGGAGAUGGACACCCCCGCGGACCUUCCGAAAUCCAGUAGUUUAUCCAGAUUUCUUAAAUUCUCCAAGGAAAUGCCUGAUCCUAAAGAGUGGAUUCAGCAGCAAAGACAAAACGUCAGGCCCUGGCUGCUGUUCAUACAAACAUCAAACUUUAAGGCCCCCGCCUCAAUUCCCAGGUUAGGAAAACGGAUCAUGAGGAACAUUGAAUAUUUUCAGGCCAAUUAUUUGUUUGUUUUUAUAGGGCUUAUCAUAUAUUGUUUAAUUACUUCACCAAUGAUACUUAUAGCGAUAGCAGGGACCUUUUAUGCUGGCUAUAAACUAAGCUUAAGGUACCAUGAAAAAAAACUGGUGAUAUUUGGUAAGGAAUUGACGUUAGCCCAGCAAUAUGGGCUGGUAUUCGCAUGUUCUAUGCCCAUAUAUUAUUUAGUCGGGGCCCAUGCGGCCAUGUUUUGGGUCAUCGGCGCCUCAAUUGUUAUUAUAACACUCCAUGCAGCUUUUUACAAUAUUGAAGCUAUAAUUGCAAGGCAAGAUGAUGAAUUUCCUUUACUGGAAGAAGUAUAAAUUGGAUUUUAGCAAACAUCUUUUUUUUGUAUAUAUUUUUAAUUGUAUAAUUUGUAUAAUAGUUGGUUUUAUAUAUUUAAUAUUGAUUCGAAUAAAAUUGUAUGCUUACCUAGA